GCCGAGGUUUUGAACGGUGAGCAUAUCACAGCGAAUCCUGAUACACCAGCAAGCUUCAUGUCGUCGAGGUUGAGACUCUCGGCAUGGUUCACCGCAGCGGUGUUGGUUAUUGGGUCAAUGCUUCUCGUCGAGUACGUCGCACUUCUCGGAGGCGGCAGUGGUGGUCCGACACACGGUUGGCCAACGACGCAGCCACCACCCGAGGCUGCAGCAGCACCAGUCUCACUGCGCCUCGUACAGGAUUCUCUCCCGAAUGACGGCAACGAGAGGCCCGGGGAGGACGAGGGCGAGAGGGAGGUGGCGGAGCGUCAGGCAAUGGCGAACAGCUCCAGGAGGCUUGCAGUCGUUGUCCCGAUACAGGCGGCCGACGUCCGAAAGGCCCAAGCUUCCCUGGCUGCAUGGCCCACUCGAUGCCACAGCUCCACGCUAGUCAACACCGAUCUGGUUGCAUACUAUGCCGGAGGGGACGACGAACACGUCUCUGCGAUGCUGGCGACGAUCGAGCAGACCGGGGGGCGAUGUUUUGCUCGUACACGGCUGGUGCUUGCACAUGCUAGUGACAAGGACAAUGAACGGCCUAAGAUGGCGUCAAUCCAGUUCUACAAGCUCUACCUGGAUUCCACCAUCCGUUGCCAAUUUGCUGACUAUGACGCCUUGGCGGUGAUGGAAUGGAACGUGAUCGUGGCACACGAUAGGAGCUUCGAAGAGCUCUACACGGCAGCUUUCGGCGGAGUAGAGCCUUUUUGGGUCAAGGGCAGCGCUUUGGUCAGUGGCAGUUCCCACGAAAUCGUGGUACAUUCAGAGAACCGGACCACGGUCGGUCACAUCAACGGGAACGCCAUCUACAACAACACUGACCAGACCUUCGUGGAUUACGUUAACUUCACGGUCACCCGCUGGGAGUACACCCUGCCGUACGACGAGGCUUUGUGGGCCACUAUCUCAGACUUUCCUUACAGCUGGCCUUUAUGGCAGCGUUUUUCGAGAAAGUUCGUGACGACUAACUUGAUCGCCAACGUGGGCGUUCACGACGUAGAUAUCCGGGAGUUGUUGGACGCUGUGGCAGGCGGCACACUGUUUAUCCACGGCACCCCCACCGACGGGGGUGUUUCCAUGGUUGGCAGCAAUGAGCUGGCAGAGAGGUGCACCGUUUCCUGCGGCUUCCGGUUCCCCAACGCACAUGCGACGAUGGCGCCCUCCGGGACUGCCACAGUGUGCGACCGUUCGUGCUACGCUGGCGGCAGGGACGGGGCACGUUUCGGCGGCCACUUGUGCGGGGCAGGGGACGUCGCCACUUAUGGUGCGCACUGUCGGACUUGCUUUACCGACUUGGGGGAGGCAGAAGCGGCAGAGGAUACCCUAGCCCUCCAGGAGAGGCUCGUUUUGGAGAGGGAAGGUGACACGAGAACAGGAAAUGUUGCAUUUGAAAAGAGCUGGAGAAGUGAUGAGGCGGCGUGGACUUACGGACGAGGGGGUGAGGGUUGGCCACAACAGGAGGUGGGCGAGCAACAUGUGGAGGGGGGGGUAGGGGGGAACAGGGACAACCGGGAGAGGGGCGCCGUGGGACACCAACGGCAGCAAGGGGGAGUUAACAUCAUGGAACCGAAGCAGGAUCGCGACAUGAACAAAGUGCAGCCCAUUCUUGAAAAGCAGCGGCACGUAAUUAUGUGCGACACCCUGAUGCCCCCGCCGGCUGCCUCUGGAUGUAGUCAUCAAUGCCACGAGAUGGACGACGCGGUGUGCGAUCGAAGUUGCGGAACCGGGCGGCACGGGGACUACAACUGCAAUUGGAGAGGGUAUGGCAAAAAUUGCCGUUAUUGCUACAACGACCGCCUACAGGCGAUGGCAGCCAACGUGGUCGCAAGACAAAGAGGAGGAUCCGUCGUAAUGUGUAACACCUUCGAGCCACCAACAGAGGAUGAGGACUGGGAGUCACCAGUGGAAGCCGAAAAAGUUAGGGCGAUGGUCAAACUUGACGAGGAAGCCGAUGCUGAUGCCCAAGAAAAAGCUCCCCAAACAAGCAUGCCGGCUCCUCUACCACAUUCCUUCAACACGGGCAGCGCGACUUUGACCGAUGAAGCCACUUCAUCCAAUCCAGCCAACGAACCAUUCGUGACGGGAAUCAAGCGCGGCCAAAUAUGUGCCUUCCUGACAAGUAACACAUUCUUCCUCAAGGAAACGCAAGUAUCGGUCAAGAGCAUCGGCCAGUUCAUGCCUGGGAUGCGGGUUGCUAUCGCGACUGAUGCCAACGACGUCUCGCUCUUCAAGAGGGUCUUCGGGACUGUUCCAGAAGUUCGAGUGUCGGUGGCAAUACGGUCCACUAGCCGGGCGCCGCUUUUGGCGGAUCGACAUUGCGGGGAAGGCACGAAGUUAAUCUUGUAUAUGAAAGCAGGCGAGCUUUUGUGGCGAACCUUCACCUCUAGGGACACGCACUCGCCCGCGGGGGACCUGCUAGUGGCAUAUUCUGAGUUGGACAGGGUCGGACAGUCGAGGAAAAACAAAGCGCUUGCCGCCAUGUUAGUUCUAGGCUUCAAAGGUCCAUCGUUCUCGUUCGGCACCGACAUCAUCCUGCCGGUGGACGUCAACCGGGAGUUACGGAACUUUCUGCUCUCAGACUCUACGGCGGUGAAGGGCAGGGUGUCAACGAACGGGGACUUACAGGCCGUUCAUGCUCUCGGUAAUGUUCCAGGUCUUUAUGUUCCUGAGGUUUUGGCUUCCUUCGCAUACUCCCGCAAUGCGGCGGGCCUCCGGUUCAUUAAUCCAAGGCAGUGGGUCACGCACCACAUGUUUCAGAAGGCAUCGAUUUGGGAUAUUCCUCUCGUGAAGCCGCGAUUCAGCUGCGUCAUCGACAUCUCGAUGGCGGUGAAGGGGUACGACGUCGCAGCCGCCCUAGAGGAGCAACUCAGCCACUUCGUUAGCGGAACUUCAUGCGCGUGGGGCAGCAUCCACCUGGACCCCGCGCUUCUCCUGCCGAAGACCGGCAUUGAGUUCGGGUACCCGACGGGCAAGGAUAUGCCCUCCAUCUCAACCCUCAACCUGAGAGUCAGCGUGGUCUUUUAUUUAGGCCGAAGCGCGAACCCAACGCUGCUGGACGCCUCUAUCUCAAGCGUGGCUGUAAGGUUCCCCGAGGCGUUCGAAGUUGUGGUGGUUUUCACCGAGCCCCCGAUCGAGAGGUCGGGCCUUGAAGACGUCCUCAACGCUUACAUUGAUGAAGUACCAUUCGCCGUGGAAGUCAUGCAAGAAGUGGAUGGGUCGGCACAUUCAUUGAUCGGCAGCCGGUCUCGCUGGUCCGGACUGCAGGCGGACGAUCACUCGUCAGGGCAGUUCGUGAUGCAGCUCGAAGUCGGAGACAUUUUGAUGUCGGAUGUGACGUACGAGAACUUGUUUUACUUCGGCAAGCCGGUGAUUCCAUACAAGCGCCUGUCUCUGGGGGGCGACGUGGACAGUCCGGCAGGCGGUUCCAUCAUGGACAAAUAUCUAGCUUGCGGAAUCGAGGCGAUCGUUGACACACACGAGGUCCGGGACUUCGCGGUGCUCAAGGGUCUGGUGUACCCGCGAGCAGCAUACUCAGAAAUGAGACAAUUUGUGAACGAUGUGCACGGCGUCGACGUCGAUAACCUGACUGAGCUUGUACAUGGGCGCUGUCGAGGGGCCCUUGGAAAGAGCGUGUUGGGCGACCCCCCCCCGAUUCGUCGUUGGAUUCUCGAGACAAGCCUAUUGGCAUCAUUCGUGUGGCGUUUCAUGCCCGACAUGAUUCACUGGAGGGCGUUGGAUCCGUCCGACAUCGAGCCGGACGAAUGGCUGUUGGAUGUUGGCAAGUACAACAUCUGGUGUUCCUUGGGUUCCCUUGGGAUCACUGAAGCCAACCCAAGGGCAACAAAUCUUCCAAUAGAACGAAGGGGAGUUGUAUGUGAUGAAUCUUCAUACGAACAGCUCCUUGCACGCCAAGGACGUGGUGGUGUAUAAAAGACGUAGUGCUGGUGUAGGCCGCACGUGUGCAAUGUGCUGACGCACACCCCGCUGAAGGCGGCAGAGACCCCGGAGGGGCUCUAGGGGUAAGAUACACGGGGGGCUAUUGCCCUCCACGUGGUCCUCAGAGUUACUUACGGGUGGAUGAGAUGCAGCAGUCAGUGGGUGGUGAGCACAGACUGCAUAUCAAGUGGAACGCACUCAAGAUGGUGGGAGACCGUGUGUUGACAUUCAGUGCACAUGUCGUAGAUUCGUGCAUUUCACACGAGAUAGAUAGGUGCUGUUUUGCAGCAGCCGAAGAUUGAAUGUGCGUCAUCGGGCGGUAAAACUGCGUUGGAGUUGCCAUCAAACGGUGCAUUCUAGACUUGAAUCCGCGGAAAAAAAUGGUUGGAGUGUGUGUGCUGUUUACUGUGUGACUGUGUGUAACUUUGGCUGAUGCUACAGGCGCCAUCCGCAACUGACCGUCAUGAAUUUUUGUUGGGAGGGGGAUGGUGAUGAACCAUCCCCGGCUAAAGUCUGAAUUUUUUUUUCGUGUGUUGGUAGUGCUCGAUUUCACCACCCGUCGAGGUUUGGAGGGAAAAUAGGUGUCUAGUACCUGGGUUUCAUUCAGUUUUGUUGCUUCCACUAGGGAUGGCCCGAAAAAAUCCCCCCCCUCUUCAAUAGCUCUGAUUGGGCUAAAAACUUCAGCACAGGGUAAAGGAGGGUGGAGAGUUGCGAAUCCGUCGUCAGAUUUUCCAAAUUCAUCGAUGGCACCGAGUUACAGCUAUCCCAAU